GGGAAGAAGGGGUUACUAUCACGUAUACUGUUUAACUCUGCAGUGUUAAGAGUUUUGGUGAAAGAUGUGGAGCUAUUUCAAGCCUUUGUUGUUUUUUCUAAUGAUUCCCCUCACCUCUAGUGCAACAGGUACAGUGAGAAGAGUCUCAGUGCCUGAGGAGCAUCGCCUGUACCUGGCCUGCAGUGGCACUGUUGACUUACAGUGGCGACACCAGGUCAACAGGAUCAUAGUCACCAAACAAGGCCAGUCGGUUACUUACACGAACCAACAGAAAUAUGACCUCCAGCCUGAUGGAUCUCUGGUUAUUAAAGAGCUGGAGCCAUCCGACUCUGGGGACUACCACUGCAACGACCAGCUAGUGGCAGACGUGGAGGUCCUGAAAGGCAAAAACUUUGCGGUUUCUGCUGGACGAGCCCUAUUGCUUCCCUGUAUAGUAUCUAGCAAAGCCAAGCGGAGAUGGUUCUUCAGGAAAGAUAGUCAUGCGAAACGAGAACCCAUCUUGACUCUGUUCAAGAAUGGGACCGUGAAAAAGGAGAGAAAGGACCCCCAGAAAAGGUUUUCCUGUGAUGAAGAUGGUUCCCUGCAGAUCCUCAAUCUGCAGCCAGGGGACUCUGGAGAGUACCUGUGUAAUGGAGAAAAGGCAGCCAAAGUAAAGGUGUUGACAGAUCAUCUCAACAUCCAGAGUACCACUGCUCUUAUGCAAACAGAUGUUGUUGGGAGAGAGAACAGGGAGACACGCCCUAUAAAUGUUGUGACGAUAAUAGCUGUCAUUGGACUAUGCCUCAUGGUGCUUCUGGCUGGUCUGCUGUGCAAUUUGCUGAAAGGAAGACUGAGAAAAAGAAGAAAGAAAUUCCGUACAGUGACAGGACACAAGCAGGAAGGAACUGAACUCCAGACUAGGUGCUUGUCAAAUCUAGGGUCUGAUAUCACACGAAGUGAUGGGGAAGAAAGCCCUUCUCAUGUGGAAGACACUGAGAUUCAGUAUGCAUCUCUGGGUCGGCAGAACUGGAGGGAAAGAUUGAAGGUACAGGGAGACCAGCAUCACGUCAUCUAUUCCACUGUGGUCACUGCUAGACCAGCAUUCCAGGGUUUGGAGAGAAUAACACAUUGAUUUGACUGAUUGACUCCUUUACAAAACAGUUUGUUUUCUACCUCUUUGUAUUACAGUAUGAGUACAUUUUACAAAGGUUUCUCUUUAAUCCUAUUAUAAAUGUAUUUGAGUCUUUCAAGAUACGCAAGAUACUAUUCUUUUAUCCAACUAAUUCUAUAUCCUGUUGGCUUAAAACAAUUAUAUUGAGAUUCUUUGGACAAAAAAAAACAAUUAUUACGUUACCUUUUUCAACAUUUACAGAAACACUCAUACAUGCACAAAUCAAAAUACAAUCUUAGUUCCAUCAAGAACGGAUAUUUAAAGAACAAUGUCAGCAGAUGCACCAUACGCCUGAAUGAACAAAUUUGGCCACUGUUGCAUAGAUAACAUCUCCCUUGGCCAAUCCUGGCACUCCCUAAGCCUUAGCAGUGUGCUUUACUGGCAUCGUGCAGACUCACUUCCUUAUGAAAUAUAUAUAUAUAUAUGUAUAUGUAUAUAUAUGUAUAUGUAUAUAUAUGUAUAUAUAUAUAUAUGUAUAUAUAUAUAUAUAUAUAUAUGUAUAUAUAUAUAUGUAUAUGUAUAUAUAUAUAUGUCAGUGUUAGUGAUUAGAUAUUGACUUCAUGCCAUCCAAACCUCUCAGGCAUAGAAUUACAGUUGGACAAGUUUUAGUCCUAACGAUUAUGACUAACAGAAGUACUUUUACCUUGAGACACAAAUAUGUUGUUGUACCUGAAAGAGGAAACAAUUCAUAGAGGCAAUCUGCAGUUCAAACAAUAACAAAUGGGUUAUCCCGCCAUUGUUUUGGUAAAUAGCUGACCAAUGGGGCUGAAGAAAUAGAACCACUCUCAAAUUCAUAGACAGCGCUAUUGAUGCAAGGACUGACCAUCCAUGAGAUCAAAAUGAUAGAUUUCAUCAUGUUGUAAUGAUCUUGGGUGAAUAAGCGCGGAUAUUGACUACAAUGUUUUGAGAAUAUAAAAACAAGAUUAUGAUUGGGGUUAUAAUUGGGGUUUUGAUCGGGUAAGACAGUUCAACUAAGCUCAUGAAGUUUUUAUAAGUUAUAUUGUUCAAGAAGCAAUGGGUAUAUAUAAUUACUUAAAGUCAAAAACAUUUAUGUAACAACUGCAGAUUUGCAAAAGAGAAACUUUUAUUUUGUAAUGUCCCUUUAAGUAAACUAUUUACAAGUCUUAUGCUGCUUCCAUUCAACCAUAACAAUAAUGGGGAUGAUCAAGAUUUGUUCACCAUAGACUGACCAGGUGAAUCCAGUUGAAAGCUACUGUGGGAAGCAUUGGGGUCAACAUGGGCCAGCAUCCCAGUGGAAGGCUACCGACACCUUGUAGAUUCCACGUCUCAAAGAAUUGAGGCUGUUCUGAGGGCAAAAGUGGAUGCAAGUCAUUAUUAAGAAGGUGUUCCUAAUGUUAUGUACAAUCAGUGUACUUUUACCGUACACCAUCUUGUUUAUCCAGUCACUGCAACAGAAAGUGAAAGUAAGAAUUACAUUUCACAGCACAGUCUAUGUAUAGGUGAAAUUACAAGAGCAGAAGCCUUCGUGUCGGAUCACACACAGGAAGGAUUUUUCUGCUCUCUGUGAAGUCUUCUUACCGUAAAUGUUUUCGAGAUUUCUAACUCUCACCAUGCCAAACGUAAAUCUCAUCUUGGAGGCUCUGUCUGCUGUCUCAGGUUGCAACGUGGAAUCAGCCACCGCGGGAACACUUUCACUAACCCCACAGGACUUUGUCAAUGUGGUCGCACUAAAGGAGUUCUACGUACAAGAGGGCCUUCUAGAGUUGGAGUACCCAAGUUUGGGGACAUUGUCUUUAAAAUGUGCCUUAGCUUUACCUGAUGCCCCAUCCGCCGCAUCCAUUCCACAAACCACUGUUUCUGUGAACGUGAAUGAGUUCCUUGAUUCUCGGUAUGACUACGACUUUACAAAUGUUAAGGAUGGUGAAACAGUUUUUACUCGGGGAAAGGAGCAGUACGUCCGACCCUGUGGCUGGAACCGCAUUGCCCUGAAGGUGUUGAACAAAUACAGGGAUGGAGAUGGAUGGUUGGGGACCGGAGACGAGGCCUGGCCAGUGUCCUACCACGGACCUGCUAUGGACGGAUCCCAGGGGAUCAUCAGGAGAGAUGGAGAUGGUGCUACUGUCGGAAGAGGAGUGUACUCAACACCGGACAUUAACGUAGCUGAGAAGUUCUCCAAGAGGUUUACGUCCAAAGUAGAUAACAAAACCUACAAGGUGGUGCUACAGAAUAGGAUCAACCCCCAGAAAAGGCAACAGUGUCGGAGAGAGAGUUACUGGCUGGUUUAUGUGCCUGAGGGAUCAUCUCCUGUUCAAGAGAGAGCUAUUGUGGAGAACUCCAUCCGUCCUUAUGGUCUGCUGCUUAAGGAAGUGUUGUAAUCAAGGCAGACAAUGUUUGAUAGAUAAGGAAAUAGGUUUGCCUUAAUCAUACUCAGUAUGAUCAGAAAAUGAAGAGAUGUAACAUCAGAUUAAUACAAUUCUAAAUCAACUAAGUAACAAGGUUAAUUUGUUAUAGUCAUAGGAUUAGCAUACGAUUGCUUGAGAUUUUUGCAGUGUAAAUGUAGCCUUUACCUGAUAGGCUACUAAUAUGGAUGUGUUAUAAGGUAAUACAAUGACUUGAAAUAAGUGUGCAUUGUUUAGUUACAUUGUACUUUAUUUCCAGUGACCCACCUCAUCUAACCACAUCUAACCAUUUUCAACCAGUUGUUUUGGGAAAAGAGUGCUUUCUAUGUACAUAUAACUCCAAAAUGUUAGUUUGGACGACGCUGAAUGUCUUCACUAAUGAAAAGCUGUAGUCACAGCAUCAAUACAGCAACAAUAUACUACACUGCCACCUAGUGGUACUCUUAUGAUAUUUAAUUCCAAUUAUUGACUUACAAUUUGGGAUUUCUUUUAAUUUAAUACAUUUUAGAAUAAGGCUGUAACCUAACAAAAUGUGGAAAAAGUCAAAGGGUCUGAAUACUUUCCCGGAGGCACUGUAUAUGAACAAUUAGCCUGCUAGUUUGUUGGUGUCUCUUUCAGUAAUCUACAUGAAGAUAUGCUUAGUGAUUUGAAAAUGCAUUAAUAAAUGGUUUAUUCACAUUAAA